CCUCAUUCUGCGUAAAAUUGCAUGACACCUCACGUCGUCUCUAACUUGCAGGAUGAUGUUCGCGAGGACGCUACUCUCAUUAUCUGCUCCUCUCGCGUAUGCUGCCAUUGCAGGCGCAUGGUCAACAUUUGUUGUCCCACACACCGAAGAUGCAGAUGACACGCCUGCUCUGAUGUCCGCAUUGUCUGACUACAAGUCUGACGCGUCAAUUGUGUUCCAGGCUAACACGACUUACAAUGUGUGGUCUCCGAUCACGUUCUCGUCUCUCACGAAUGUCGAGGUGGUAAUUAGCGGAAAUUUGUCGUAUCCUACGAGCAUCGAGACUGUGCAAGGGUACGUUGCUGCCGCUAACUACCCUGGUGCAUGGAUCUCGUUUACGGGAAAUAAUGUCACGCUCCGCGGCAAUACUGACCCUGACUGGGGUUGGGUUGAUGGACAUGGCCAACAGUGGUGGGAUAUUGGACAACAGACAAACCGACCUCACGGUUGGCUGUUUAAAGAUGUUACAAAUGGGGUCAUCAGGGAUAUGAAGAUAUACAAGCCUGUCGCAUGGAAUUUUGCCACCACAGGAUCGAACAAUGUGCAUAUCUUCAACAAUACCAUCCUGGCCGGUUCUGAUACAAACUCGUUUCCAUUUAAUACGGAUGGAUUUUCAGCUGGAGGCACCAAUUUGCUUUUCGAAAAUAACUACGUCGUAAACGGUGAUGACUGCUUAGCCGUUGCCAACGGCGCCAAGAACAUCAUAUGGAGAGACAGCUACUGCGAGGGAUCGCACGGUCUGUCAGUUGGUUCACUCGGCGCGAAUGGUCAAGUGGCAUCUGUCGAGAACGUACUAUUCGAGAACACAAUUAUGAACCGCACUCUUUAUGCUGCUCGUUUCAAGAGCUGGACUGGCGGAAACGGUGCUGCUAUCAAUAUAACGUGGAAAGAUAUUACAUUCAUUGAUGUGAUGUUUCCGAUUUACGUGACUCAAAACUACUGGGACCAAAGUGACGGCCCGCCUCCGAGCUCCACGUCCGUCAAUGAGACUCACAUUGAAAACUUCCUGUUCGAAAACUUUAACGGCGUAAUUAACGAUACGCCCGGAUACGUGGAAGGCUCAUGUAUCACUGACCCUUGCUGGUACUACGUGUCUGGUGCAACAGGCAAGGAAGUCGUCAUCUUCGAUUUGUAUCCUGGCACUGCGACAAACAUCGUCGCGAAGGACCUCGUUGCCCAAACACUUACUGGUGCCCCUGUUGCUGUAAUGUGCAAUUCCUCCACGAUCUCCAGUGAUGUUGGAUUUGUGUGCUCGGAUGGUCCAUAUCUCCCCACGCAGGCUGGCUUGUAACGUGCUAUGCGCAUGAAUUCUUUAUACUUGGGAUCCAGUCGAAAUACUUUUGGAUUCAUUGACUCACUUCGCAGUCAGCUUCACUAUCCAG